GUGUUGCCGUUUGGUCACACGGACCCGAAUCGUGCGUAAUUUCCAUUUAUUUUGCUCCGCUUUCUUCGCUGUUUUCACACCCACGAUCCGCGAAAAAAUCCCAGGAAUUGGUACAAACAUCGGCAAACAUAUUGGUGUUCGUUGGCGGGCAUAAAUCUCCAAAUUUGGCCGUUCUUUUAGCCUCGAAAGAAGCGACGACGACGUCAGUAGACGACGCGACUGGCGUCAGGUGAAAAAAACGCAAACGAAAGAAAAACUGAUAAUUGGAAAUUGAAAAUUGAAAUUGAACGGGUGCAGCGAAAUUAAACGGAAUUUGCAACUGUGAAAACGCUUAAAAGCGUGGAGAGUUGCAUUUGAAAAAAGCAUGAGCACAACCGCCGCCAGUCUCAUCGAGGCGGCUCUAAAUGCCAGCAGUGGAAACGCCACAGCUACAACAUCGGGAUCGAUUGAGGCUACCGGAAAGCCCAACUACGUGGUGCAGGUGAAGAACACUCCGAUGAGCACGCCGCUGGAACCUCUGCUCCACGUGGGCGAUGGCAUCUUCCUACAGACAAAGACCGCCCAGGUCCUAGCUGGUGUUUGUGUCUGGGCCGCCUUAUUUAUCACCUGUCAACAGAUUUACCAGCAUCUGCGCUGGUACACAAAUCCACAGGAGCAGCGCUGGAUCGUACGCAUUCUGUUCAUUGUGCCCAUUUACGCCACCUACUCCUGGAUUAGUCUGCUCUUCUUCAACUCAGACAAUGUGUACAUCUACUUCUUUACAGUUCGGGACUGCUACGAAGCCUUUGUCAUCUACAACUUCUUGUCGCUGUGCUAUGAGUACCUAGGCGGCGAGGGUAAUAUAAUGUCGGAGAUUCGCGGCAAGCCCAUCAAGACCUCGUGUCUCUACGGCACAUGCUGUCUGAAGGGCAAGACCUACACGAUUGGCUUCCUGCGCUUCUGCAAGCAGGCCACUCUGCAGUUCUGCCUGGUCAAGCCGCUGGUUGCCUUCAUCAUUAUCUUUUUGCAGGCCUUUGGCCACUACCACGAUGGCGAUUGGAGUGCUGAUGGCGGUUACAUUUAUAUCACGAUUAUCUACAACAUCUCUGUGUCGCUCGCGUUAUAUGGCCUCUAUCUGUUCUACUUUGCCACUCGUGAUCUGCUGACUCCCUUCGAGCCCGUUUUGAAGUUCUGCACCAUCAAGUCGGUCAUCUUCUUGUCCUUCUGGCAGGGAGUUGGUCUGGCCAUCCUGGAGAAGGCCAACGUUAUCUCUCCCAUUGUAGACAGUGCUGGCACUGUCACUGUGGAACCUGGUACCGUUUCUGCCGGAUAUCAGAACUUCUUCAUCUGCAUCGAAAUGCUGUUCGCAGCCAUAGCACUUCGCUAUGCAUUCCCCUAUCAGGUCUACGCUCGCAGCUGCAUCAGCGAUGGACACGGACGAUCUGUCACAAUGCAGUCCAUUUCCAGCAGUCUUAAGGAAACGAUGAAUCCCAAGGAUAUUAUGACAGAUGCUAUACACAACUUCCAUCCACAGUACCAGCAGUACACUCAGUACAGCUCAGGUGGCAAGAACUCGCGCGGCAUUCGCGUCUCCAGCUACGAUCCCGACGAUCCGAGCUCGGGAACUGGAACAGGAGCCAUGCAGGCCUCUCAGCCCACCAGCGGAGGAUACAAUGCGGUGGCCACUGGACCAGGAUCUGGGGGCAACGGCGGCAGCAACUGCAUGGCCUCGAAGACACUGGGCAACCAGAGGAAGUUCCAGCCUGGUGGUCAGCGGGUGGCGACCAUCAGCCAGAACUACAACGAGAAGACCAUGCUGUUGAGCAGCGACGACGAGUACCAGUAGAUCGGGUACCCAGGGGAUCGGGAUGGUAAUGACCCACUUAUUGUUAACAAAAUUCAGUCUUUCGUUCGGAUCCGAUUCGAUUGGUUUCGUUUCGUCUAUCCAGUUUGCUGAUUCUGUCGCUUGUACAAUAAUCUUAAGUAGCCGGGCAUUACGACCUAUUAGACAGUUUAACAGGUCGUAUUGAUAUAUCUUGUAUAGUAUGGUGUGUGGAUGGAGGGGUGAAAUCUAUAGUUCGUAGGUUUUCUUUCUAAGAUUAUAUUUUUACUCUUUAAAUUGCAUUUUUGAACUGUAUAUCGUUAAAUAGACUUUCUAUACUAAGGAUUGUUAAAUAUUCCACUGUACCUUCGAAGAAUCUAUAGAUCACCCGCUCUAUCCACGAAGCGAGCAACCUAUCGUAUAUCCACUAAUACGACAUAAUCUGCGCAAAGAUAUUUUGUAAUUUUACACCGCAUAUGUAAUUUGAUUCGCUUUGAUUCCAUUUCACUUGUGUAAAUUUGUCAGACAAAUUAAUUGUAAAGCGAACCAAAAACUGAACAGAAAAACCAAAAUCAAAAUAGCAAAAACCGAACUGCAACUGCACUCUUGCGUCUCACGAACCGUCUACAGGCUGCUUCUACAAUAAACCGCGGGCUAAAACUGGCGGAAAAGCUGAGGAAAAUCUACACAGAAAUAUAUUUAUAAGCCAAGGCUAAUUUUUUAAAGCAAACUUAACACAAUACAUAGCUAAUUCGUUAGAUGAAUGAAUAAGGCCAGGUCCAGGAUCCAGAUUCCAUAAAUACAGAUAUAGGGAGGACCCUUUCCGGACUCGAAAUGUAUAAAAGAAUUUUACCCUGUACAGAGAAAGUGGAGUUUUCCAGAACCAUAUUAACCACUACCCAAAAUCAGUCAAGAGCAGUAUUUUGAUAUUUAGCCAGGCUUCCCAUCAAAUUACGUGUGUGUCGGAGUCGGAAAACUGUAGGAAAAGUCAAAUUAUGUAUAAUUAUCGGGGGCAAAGCGAAGGAAAAGCAAGGCAGUAACGUUUUUAUGUACAUUUUUCGUUAAUAAUAUAAAAUGAGAAUAAAUAAAUGUCAUAAAGUA